UGGAGAGCGACAGAGAAGAUGGAGCCCUGGGCAGGGAGCGGACACACCGAGAGAUAUCUGCUGACGCAUGAGUCCUGCUAGACAGCAUCUAUGGAGCCUGACAUCAUGCCCUUGCAUCCCUCCAACCCCCCUGCAGGGGUUGGCGAUGGGGGUUUGGGAUCAGAGGAGGAGUUUGGGGACUUUUCUGUGGGAAUAUCCUGCUCCCCUCUUGCCUUUGCUGAGGACACAGCGGCCCCAUCCUCCUGCAGACAGCCAUCUACGGCCGUAAAACCAGCAACCCACCAACCUCACUCCUGCUUUAAUCCCCCACUAGAACAAUCCCGACACGUGUCCACUGUGAAGCUGGGGUCUGGCAGAGGUUACACAGAUGUGGAAAGGCAAAGCUGCAAUGCAAAGUCGUCUUUGCAACUGGUAAAUGGAUAUACUCAAGGAGACUAUGCUUCCAGGGCCCUUAGUGCCUCUCUGGGCACGUGUUCCCUGGAGGAGGAAGCAGGGUUUGCUGAUUUCAGUGUUUUCAGAGAGCAGGCAGCACACCCCUGGUGUUGUGGUUUCACAGAACAGUCAGACGGCAGCGUGGGAGGAAACAUCCGCAUCGGGGGGGAACAAACAAGGCAUUCAAGACAGGGGGUUAUUAUGGAAUCUGAGCCCAGGUCCCAACACGUAUACAAGACAAAGGAAGACGUAUGCGUCAUGGUUAAGCACUGUGAAAGAGGAGAUGCAGGACUUGUGCAACCACCUCAGGAUCACCAUCAGCCUCAGGAAGCUGCAGCAGCUUUGCAGGUAGCAUCUGCUGAGGAGACUUGCAACAUGUCUGGAGACACUCAGGGGGAAAGGAGGUGUAGCUGUACGUCUUUACAAACGUAUGAAGUGCAGAGAAUUACAGAGAACAUCCCUCAGACAACCUGUAUGUACAAGUCUACAUCUGAUGCACUGGCAUCCUUGUGCGAUGAAUUAUCAACUGAGAGUGCAGAUUUGGAAAGUUCUGCAGAUUACGAACUAAAUUUAUCAUCCCUUACUUCUCAAGAUGAUGGAACUGAUGAUGAGGAUGAAGAACUGGGGCGUUGUGCGGCAAAUCCCAGUCUGUCUGAGUUGGAGAAGGAUUCUCAAGACAGAAACCACUACGCCACUCAGGAAACUACUUCUACCUCCAGCCGGUCACAAGCUGGCACAAAUACAGAAGACAGAUGUGCAGACGAUGGUACUCUUGAGCAGCACAGGGACCGAGAACCGGUUCAAUCAGCUGAUGUGGGGGUGCAGACUCUGGGAACCCUCCCACUGAGUGACAGCUUUGCAGAUUUCUGCUCUGCACCCACGCAGGAGGAUGGAGGAGGAUUGUGGGCGGACUUUGAGGACCAGAGUGCACCAUCGGAGGGGAAAACCUGGUCACAGUUCAGGGAGCCAGUCAGCAGCCUGCAGACCGAUGGAGAUGAGAAGGAACGAGAGAUGACGAGAACGCUUGGAGAUAUGAGUUGGAACAAUUGUAAGGUGUCGCUGUCCUGCCGUGUCCAGCAGCUCCUCGAAUCCAGUUUCCCGCUGGUGACGGUCCCAGCUGUGGAAGGGGAGGAGGGGCUGCUCAACCUCAGUGCUUUACUUCAACUCCAGCAACCCCCCAAGAGUGAGCAGGAGACCCCAGAACUCAGCUGUGCUCAGAGCUCUCUCAGGAUUCACCGGGUGAUGGUGUGGCUACACCCGGACCUUCACAACUCAGUUGGCCUGCAGUUUCGGUGGGCUGGUUCCCAUAGUAAAAGAACUCUACUCGGGUGCCUUGGUGUGGACACAGAGAAUAUUGUGUUGGUUGGCAUGAAGAAACACCCAGUGACCGUGUCAACUUAUGCAUCCAGUCUGAGGAUGGUUGAGCUCACCAAAGACUCUGUGCCAGCGCUCUGUUCACCAGGACACAAGGUGAUCACAGCACCUCUGCAACCCCAGGACAAACUGGACCUCCCAGCACAUUCAGUGCAGCUUCCUUCGAUCCAGCUGGACUGGAGCAGCCGUGGCCUUAGCAGCUCUCAGGGCGGCGUGUCCUCUCGCCGAGUCCCGCACUUCUGGGGCUGGAAGUAAGACUGCUAGCUGUGCCCUACGUGGCCGCUGCUGCUAAAAAGCCAAAAAGCUGCUCGCCUCCUCUAAGGCAUGUUCUGCUUCUUUGGAUUUGUGCUGCGUUUCUUCAGCACUCACUCACUUGCUGCUGUGUUUUCCCACUUUUGUCAUGUUGUUGUCAGCAGACGGCAACGUUGAGAUGAAAAAGUAGACAAAUUUACCCCCAAAUAGGAUUUCUUUUAAAAUCCGUAACAGGAAAAACACUGAGCGUCUCUUCCUUUUUCCUCUCCCUAUCUUCACAUACUGUAACCCUUUUUUUUUUAGAGCACUUUUAUAUCAUUAUUUAUGAGUCAUUUAAAUGAUUACAAAAAAUUGGAAAGUCCAUCUUGAAGUGGUAAUGCAAAACCUUAUGUGGUUUGAGCCUGUUUGAAAAGACGUGCACAUUGUUGUGCUUCUUUUAUGUUCUUGACGUAUUUAACUUUCUAACCAUAAAGCUUAGACUAUCAUUCUGUUUUUGACUUUCUUGGACAUGAAAAUAGUUCAACUUCUCAUGUUCAUACAUUGUGUGUGUAUGUGAUGAUUUUUCUGUUGCCUGUUUUUGCUACACAAAAACUUGUAAACGCACAUUCUUUGCUCAAACCCUUUCCUAAUUUAGACUUUUGACAGUUGGAAACGGUGCAGAAAUGUUAAGUGCAACAGUUUUUCAUAGUUUUAGGAUAGAUAUGAUUUAAAUUAAUUUCAAAACUGAAAUUAAAAACAUUUUGUUUAUAAAAUGAAAUGGUGUUUAUAAAUUGUAUUUCAGAAUAAGAAUUGCACUUAACAAGUGGUUCUGUUUUUGUGAGUAUCCAAAACAAAGGAGCUGAGAAUAACAAGAAUAAGAAGUAAAAAUAAUAUUUUGCAGCAGUUAGUUUAUGUUGUUGAAGGUAACAAUUAUUCUCAUCAAAUCAAAUCAGCGUUUAGUUUAGUUGCAUUAACAGUUAGCUUAUUUUUAUUUUUUUUUAAUUAAAUUUGUUUUUAUUAUUUUGUCAUUUGCUUUUCAGAAAGUUAAAUAAAAAACAGACUUUGUCAAACAUCAAUUUUCAGCUGCAUGUGUUGAAGAAAGUCACAACAGAGAAAUUGUGUGCUCAUUUUUUUCGGACUAAAUGCAGUGAGGCUUUGCUGAAAUACUGAGAGGAUAAAAGCGAGAAGACAAGUUGGUCUGUAGCAUGCAGGAUGAAUGCAAUGGUAAUGAGGAAAACAGAUACUUAUAUGCACAUAGAUAUGAGGCGUUUAUCUAACGAUGGACUUGGCAUUAAGAGAAAGAUGUAGUUCUACAGUGUGAACAGUAGAGGGCAGGCUGUUCUGGUGCUGUGACGAAAAAGAAACAGUUAGAAACAUGUUUACUGAUGGCACAAAUCGAAAACAAUGAUCCAGUCUGUCAGCUACACAAAAUAUCCACUUUAUAUACUCAGAUUAUUUAUUGUCUGAUGUGAAUGUCUUUUUGAAAUGUUUUGAUGGUAAUUGCCAAACUAAGAAGGAAUGUAUCAGUAUUUACAAGAUUUCUCAAUUAAAACAAGCAAAGACAAAUUAGCCAAUUAAAUGCUGCAGUUGUGAAUUCUGCUGUCACUUUAUGCUGCUUUGAUGUUUCCCCCUUUUUUUUGGUCUUGUGCACUUUAUCAUAUAAUGCAUGUAUAAAGUGUAUGCAAAAAUGUGUGCACACAAGAGGACGGUGUCUUUAUAUCCUCAUUUUGAUAUAAUUGGUCUCUUUUUUUUUCUUUUUUUUUCCCCACGGAUCUAAAUUAUCACAUUUGUCAGUUCAGACUAACAAAUGACUGUUCAGUCUCAUAAGUUGUGCCUUUUUUUUUUUUUUUUUUUUGAAGCAAUCAUCAAAGAGUUGUUCACUGUUUUUUUUUUUUUUUUCCCCGAAAUAAUCUUUGGAUUGAUAGUGUUGUUUGGGAAGUUUUUUGAGAAAAUUGAGACUUUAUUCACUGCAGUGGGGACUGAAAUGUCUUGUAAAUACAAAAAUAAAUUGUUGAUCAUCUCUUUGCUUUGGCAUGUUUUCUUUUCUUCAAUCUUAAAUCUCAUUCAAAACUGCAACUUUUAUGUGGUUGAAUGCAAAGUUGAAAUAAACAUUUCAAUAUAUUUCUUUGGCUUUCUGUUUGUGUUUAAAAGGACAUAACAUUUGUUUUAUUAUUUCAGAUAGCAAGUAGCACAUAGUUGUGUCAAAGUUUUGCUUUGUACUGACCACUAAACUGCAAGACUUUGGAAUAAAAUGUU